AUGGAAUCCACGGGCUCCCAGCCUUCGAGCUAUUCGUUGCUCGACGAUGACGAUGACGAGUUCAAAAUGCUCCCGCCCAUGCCUGGAAUACGGGUCGCGUCUCACCUCAAGAUCUUACACCUUCCGCCCGAAAAUGAUGCUCAUACCGUCGCGGACUCAGACCAUCCCAACUCCGGCUGUGGGGGAACUAUCAUUGUCGUCGUGGCGCAACUCGCCACCUGGGCUACCAUGCCUCUAAACGGGGGCAUGGUCAAAGACGAGCGCCACAGAUUCGACAUUCUCAGCUCUAGGUAUGGACGUCGGUGGGCGACUGACUCGAGAAGUCACCGUCCUUUCGACUACCUCGAGGAGGAGGACGACGAUGAUUAUCUUCUGCUGUCCCCUUCCACGUAUAUUGUUCCCGAGCCCAAGACGACUGGUCUUGGUAAGCGCAUCCGCAAAGUUUUUGGUUGUUGA